CCGCCCCCCAACUUCUUCCUCCCUUCCCAGUUCCCACUUCCCCCAUACUCCGCACUUUACCAUCAUCAUGCCAUCUCCUCCUCCCGAUUGGGUCAAGGCCCUCAAGCCCGCCCAGCCUCACGGCUCGCAACUCCUGCAGCAGGAGCGCGCUCAGUCCAAUGUCGCUGUCGACCGGCUGGGCGAAUUGCUGCACACCAAGGAGGCAUUGGACCGUCAGCAGCGCAUCCUUUCCAUCCUGCAAGCUGAAGAAGUUUUCGACAAGUCACAGAAUCACACCCUGGGUCGGACCGAGCGGAUCCAGCGCUCCCUCGCCAAGGGGAAGCGACUGCAGCAGUUGUCGGUGCAACACAACUGGUCGCAAGAGGAGUACCACGCCGCCAAUGAAUUGCUGGCCGAGCCUACUCCAUAUGGGCUGCAUGCGACGAUGUUUUUGGUCACCUUGCGGGAACAAGGUACCCCCGAACAACACAAACUCUUCCUCGAGCGCGCACAAAACUAUCAGAUACUGGGAUGUUAUGCACAAACGGAAUUGGGUCAUGGGUCGAACGUGCGUGGACUGGAGACCACUGCCACCUGGAACCCGGAGGACAAGACCUUCACCAUCAACUCUCCCACCCUGACGGCCUCCAAGUGGUGGAUCGGAUCGCUGGGUCGCACGGCCAACCAUGCUGUAGUCAUGGCUCAACUGUAUAUCAAUGGCAAGAACUAUGGCCCGCACCCGUUUGUGGUCCAGAUCCGUGAUAUGGAAACCCAUCAGCCAUUGGAGAAUGUCUACGUUGGCGAUAUCGGACCCAAGUUUGGUUACAACACCAUGGACAACGGCUUCCUCCUAUUCAACAAAGUCAAAAUUCCCCACGUGAACAUGCUGGCCCGGUUCUCGCGCAUUGACAAGGAGACCAACCAGUACAUGCGACCAGCCUCGCCGUCUCUCAUCUAUGGCACUCUGACGUGGGUGCGCUCCAACAUUGUGCUCCAAUCUGGUGGUGUUUUGGCUCGGGGUGUGACCAUUGCCACCCGCUACUGCGCGGUGCGCCAGCAGUUCCAGGACCGGGAUUCCACGGGCAACGCGGGCGAAAACCAGGUUAUCAACUACAAGAUGGUGCAGAUCCGGCUUUUGCCCUUGCUCGCGUCGAUGUACGCCCUGCACUUUACCGGUCGCGGCAUGAUGCGUCUUUACCAGGAGAACCAGAACCGCAUGAAGGCAGCGGCCCAGGCGGCCCAGGAGAAGCGCGGCGCUGGGCCGGAGGAGCUGCGGGCGGGUGCCGACCUGCUGGCCGAUCUUCACGCUACGUCUUGUGGUCUGAAGGCUCUGGCUAGUACGACAGCGGGUGAAGGUCUUGAAGUGUGCCGCCGUGCUUGUGGUGGCCAUGGAUAUAGCAGCUACAGCGGCAUUGGACCGUGGUACUCUGACUAUCUUCCUACGCUCACCUGGGAGGGUGACAACUACAUGUUGACGCAGCAGGUAGCAAGAUAUCUUCUCAAAUCCGCCCGUGCUGUUCUUGCUGGCAAGGGCUCCAACAACGACACCUCCAAGAUCCUUCAGGCAUACCUCGCGCGCCGCGACAUGGGUGCCUCGUUCGAUAUCCUCGGCAACGACGCCGACAUUGUGGCAGCGUUCGCGUGGCGAACCGCUCACCUGACGUUUGAGGCGCUGAAGCACCGGGACGUGGAGAAGCGGUCGUGGAACAGCUUACUGGUCGACUUCUGGCGCCUGUCCACGGCGCACUCGCAGUACCUGGUGGUGAGGAACUUUUACGAGGCGGUGACCUCACCGGAGGUGACGGGAGCAUUGGACGCGGAGACAUCUGGCGUACUGCACAAGCUGUUCCGUCUGUAUGCACUGCACACACUGGAGCGCGAGUCGUCCGAGUUCUUUUCCUCAAGUGCAGUGACGGUACGACAGAUCGGGCUGACGCAGAACAAUGCGGUGAUGAAGCUCCUGGAUGAGAUCCGGCCGCAUGCGGUGCGGUUGGUGGAUUCGUGGAAGAUCCCAGACUGGCAGCUGGACAGCAGUCUGGGCAAGUAUGACGGGGAUGUGUAUCCGGAUUUGUUCCGCCGGGCCAGCCAGGAGAACCCGGUCAACGACCUGGUGUUUGACCCGUACCCAUGGAAUGCGGCGGUGCUGAAGAAUGGACCGAAGAGCAAGCUGUAG